GCGCACGUGUUGGUGCGUGGACUAGUCCAAAGCUGAGGCUUACGCGAACUGGCGGGAACUUUUCUGAAACUUUCGUAGUUUAGUACGCUCCUGGUAAAUGACAAAACGAAACGUUAAAAGUAUAUUUUAAAUCAAUUUGCAUUACAACAAACACAGUUCCUACGUUUUAUUAUGGCUUAGAAAGUGAUAUUAUAAUAAACAAUUUUAUAUAGAGCUUCUACGGCAGUGUUUACAAGUACGAUGAGAAAGCGAUCGAUACCCGAGCGGCGCGGCCGUUAAAAUCAAGAUCCCGCUAAUAGCUUGACAAUUAAUACAAUGAAAAAGCUAAAGGACGGAGAAUCUGUGAGCGCCAAGGUGUCAUAGACAAAUAUCCGAUGUCGGGGCGAGCGAGCGCAUAGACAAUGCGAAACCUCCUCGGAGUGGCCACAGCGUCAGCGUUACUGCAAAUAUUAUUCUCCUUUGCAGCCGUGCGAGGCGUCAGCUGGGAGGAAUGGUGGACCUACGACGGGAUUUCAGGUCCAGCUUUUUGGGGGCUCAUCAACCCGGAAUGGUCGCUGUGCAACAAGGGCCGGCGGCAGUCGCCCGUCAACCUGGAACCGGAGAAGCUGCUGUUCGACCCCAACCUACGCUUUUUGCACAUAGAUAAGCAUAGAAUAAAUGGACUGAUAAGUAACACGGGCCACUCGGUGAUAUUUACCGUGGAGAACGAGACGAGACACCACAUCAACAUUACUGGCGGGCCCCUCUCCUACAAGUAUCAGUUUCACGAGAUCCACAUACACUACGGUCUGCACGAUCAAUUCGGAUCGGAGCACGCGAUCAACGGAUAUUCUUUUCCCGCUGAAAUACAAAUAUUCGGUUUUAAUUCACAACUUUAUUCGAACUUCUCUGAAGCAUUGCACAAAGCGCAGGGGAUUGUUUCAAUUUCUCUACUACUACAGCUUGGAGAUUUAUCGAAUCCAGAGUUGAGAAUAUUGACGGAGGAACUAGAGAACAUCAAGUAUGGAGGGGCCGAGAUGCCGGUCAAUAAGCUCUCGGUGCGUGGCUUACUCCCCGACACAGACUACUACAUGACGUAUGACGGCUCCACGACGGCACCGGCGUGCUUCGAAACCGUCACGUGGAUCAUCGUCAACAAGCCAAUUUAUAUCACCAAGCAACAACUUCACGGACUGCGCCGAUUGAUGCAGGGCGAUGCUAGGCACCCAAAGGCCCCUCUCGGCAACAACUUUAGACCGCCGCAACCACUCCACCAUCGCGCUGUCAGAACCAACAUCGACUUUGACCUGAGCAAGUACCCCGGGAAGACUUGCCCGAGCAUGCAGCGCGACAUGCACUACAAAGCCAAAAGCUGGACACAAUAUUGAAGAACCAUUGCUUGAACUAUCGGUAGGCAUUCAUUAUUUAGUUUCAAUGUAGAAAUUUUAAGAGUGAUGUAAUAGUUUAACAUAAGUUGAUUGUAUAUAAAUUUGUAUAUAACUAUUAAUAGUUUCGCUUGGCAACGG